UGCCAGCUGAGAACAAAUAUACUGUAAAUAAAUAAUAGUGUCAAUGAUCAUAGCAUCAUAGAAUUCUAAACAACCUCAAAUUUAAAAUUACUGACCUAAGAGUGACAUGUUGUCACUGGCUGCGAUGCCAGAGAAACAAACAUGACACUCAUCUUGAGAAGAGCUUCAGACAUACUCCAGGAAUCUACAGAUCAGUCAGUUUGAGUUCUGUGCCAAGAAAAUUGUCUGCUAUUCUAAUAAAAUCCCAGCAUUUUUAGAGAGAAGAAUGAACAGGAUAAAUGGGCAGAGAAAAAGGAGUUCCAGGAACACCCAGAAAAGGGAUGUGAUUACUGUGACGCACGGGCUGUACAGAGCUGUCUGAGACUAGUGCUUUCCCUUUCCUGUGUUUUUUCCUAACAUGAAUUUUGUCAGUUCUGCACUUCUGCCUUUAGCAGAGGUUUUAAAGGUAACGAUUGUGUGUGGUUCAAUACUGGAACCUUGAAGAAGACAGCUCAGACAAGAACUUCUCUUAUCCUUUCGUUGGUACUGGGAGCAGGCUAAAUGGGACCAAUGGUUGCUUUGCUGGAGUGUUCCUGGCCAUCCCUGAGGCACUGGCCCAUGCCUGCAUUUAUAGCCACAGGGGAUUCCAGGGCUGGAACACGAUUCCAGGGCUGCAGCACAGCACAGCCAGACCCUGGUGGGCCCGCUUGCAUUCUUUCCAAUGAUUUAAUGGGUGUUGGUUUAGGCCCAACACAUUUCCUUAUUUCCUCUAAUACCCUUUUGAACUCUGAACUUAAUUCAAUAUUUUUGGGGGCCAGCCUGUUCAUAAUUUAAAUGUGAAAAUGCAUGUUCUGAGACUUUGGUGAAACAGAAAUUGCCACAUCACUGUGUUCAGAUGGGAGCUUAAUUUUAACUAGUUAUGUGGUCCAGGAUAUCUUAGGUGGUAGGAAGUAAAUUAAAAUGAGUUGGAUUGAGUUUCUCCUCUGCCUCAACAUGCAGUUGCUAAGUGAUACCAUAAAUUAAUACGCAGCAAAACUGGUGGAAUCUGGUGGUUUCAAAUGCAAACUCUGGAUUAAAGAGACUUCUUGAAACCUAUAACAGUCUUACAGACAAACACCUGGUUGGAUAUUUCAGCAAUGCCAGGAUAAGACGACAUCUUCAGAAAUCUGGACUGAUCUCAAGGAGCGGAAGAAUAAUACCUGAGAAGGAAUACCGUCUCAAUGCUAUGAGAAGGGACCACCAGAGAUACGUCCGGGAGUGCUUGGCUGAUGCCUUAUUUCAUAAGGUCCUUGACACAGAGCAUCGUCCUCAGCUGGGGAUAAAAGGGAGACUUGAUUAUUCUGCGAGGAAAGAGACGCAGCCAGUCAAGAUGGAUCAAGUAAAGGGAGAAGUCACGCAUACGUACUCCCCACAUCCGCCAGUCGCUCCAAGGAACCACCAUGCGCGCUGUCCUUUAGUGUCUGGAGAGCGAACUGGCCGCUCACAACGGAGGGCACCUAGACUUGGAGUUGAUUAUGGUGGUGGACAUUAUUCUUAUUAUCACCGAAUCAAGGAUCCUGCCUACUGUAAGGUGAGUUCCUGGCGACCAAAUACAGCUCCAGGAAAUACACAGCAGCCCUCUCGCCUCCAGCCCCUUCUUGGCUGGGCUGCAGCAGGGUCUGUACCAAAGGCUUCCAAACAGAAGUGCCAUGCACUGGAAUAUUAUCAGCAGUUUGCCUGUGGGGGGGACAGGAGUGAGUUAAAGUUCAGGAAUACAAUGGACUGCGUGGCUGGUGUGUCACCGUAUCAGCUCCCUGUCAUCAAGCGUCGUGGUCGUUCUGUGGUGCCAGUGCCACCGCCCCGCCCGCACGUAGGGGACAGGUGUAUCCCUGGAAUCAGGCGUGGGCUGCCUGUAGAGAGAUGGUUUCAUCCCACCACUGGAUUCAAUGAACAGUUUUUGAUCAAUAAUACCAAUGGGUUCCCCAAGUCCCCAUUAUGCAGCAACGCCCUCGUCACCAUGAUCUACCUAGGAAAGAGUAAGCACGUGUCUCUCCGUGACUGGAAGGAUGAAAUCAAAGUCUAUCAGCAGUACUGUGGAACAGAAAACAUUUGUGUCUAUAAAGGCGACCUGUUGGAAGGAGACACCUUCCAGUUCAUCUCCAAGAGGUACCUUGGUUUCCCGUUCAGCCUCACCUUUUUCCUCAACGGGCUCCAAGUUGACAGGCUGAGCUGUUGCUGUGAGUACAGAGGCUUUCAGUGCAAGAGGCCUUCCCAGCUGCGACGCAAAAACACCUACUUCAGGGUGCUCCAUGUGGCAGGAGCACCUCCCUGCUACAGGUGCUUUCUUGCGAUGGGUCUGGACAAAAAGCUGUUCCCUCCCAAGAGGAACAGUAGGUACUACAAGAGGGAGCAUAUGUGUCCCUGUUCUCCCUACUGUGCACACAGCCAGCCGUGUGACAACAGCAUGGUGCAGAAAGCAAUGACAGAUUCAAUGUCAGUCACCAUACCGAGUCAUGAAGUAAGUGUGGAAACUACUGAGGAAAUACUGGAGGCUGAAGAGGAGUCCAGCGAAGAAGAAAUGGAAGAGCAGUUUACUCCUGAAGACAGUCAGGAGGACACCAGUGAAAAUGAAUAUGAAGAAGAUUUUGAAGCAGAUGAAGAAGGUAAUGAAGAGGGACAGACUGGUGAUCAAAUGAAUGGAAUGUCAGAGUCAUCCUCAGAUGAUAAAAACCAUAAAUUAGACUAUGGAAAGGAGAGUGAAACCUCAUCUCAGAAGGCACUGCAGGCCUCUGACAGUGAGAAAGAUGAAAGUGAUGGACAUUCUGAUGACAAGGACUCUGAAGAUGAUCUACAAGAGAGGAGGCCUGCAGACUCUCUCUCAUCCAUGAGAACUCAGUGCAGCACUGAGACCGACUCUCAUGCUGAAAUGAUGGCAGACAAUGUGAAUGGCAAAGAGGACUGCAAUAUCAAAAGUAUAUCUGAUAAUGCAGCACAUGCACACUAUGGAAAUGAGAAUGGGGAGAAGAAACUACUCAGAGCAGAGGAAAAUCAGGAGAAUUCUGCGCUGGAAAAGAAAGGGAUAGAUGAAGCAGAAAAGACAAAAACAGAAGACCUAACAGCAAAGGAAGAUACUGGAAUUUUUCAUGAAAACAUAAUGGCAAUGCAGCAUCAAAAUCCUGAGGUUAAUGGGGAAUUCAAACAGACUGGGUCAGGAGAAAGUAACAUGAAUGAAGAGGAGAAAUGUCCUCCAGCACCUUGGGAAAGCAGGGUAUUGAACAUGGAGGAUGGCAAUGAGGAGGCUCCUUGGAGUGAGGAAGGAGGUGUUUUUGAAGAUUGCAAACCAGUCCAGAAGGAAAUAGCAAAAGCAACUGGAAAUGAUCAUCCUGUGAAUUCUGACCCCGAGCCUGGUGAUUUGUGUGCCAAUGAGGAAGAAAGGAAUGCAGCAAAUACAGAGAGUGGUGCCAGUGGAGCACCAGCUGGAAGUUUCGUGGCAGAAGGGAGGAGAAGCCCUGAUGUGCAAGAAACAGCAGGACAGGCGGUGCGAGAAGAGGUGGUGACAGGGCCGGGUCAAGCCCUGGAGCAGGAUGCUGCUGCUGAAGGAGAUGCUGGCAGCCGAGAGCCUGCAGGAGAAGCUGCACGGGCAGGGGAUUCGCUGCCCCAGGCGGGCGCGGGGGCUGCGCUGGAGGAAUCCGCACCUGGGGACGGCGCCGUGGCAGAGGAACAUCCCAGAGGAAAGGGAACAGGGGAGGCAGUGCAGCUGGGCACAGAGGUGUCAGCUGGGGAGCAGGAGGUGCUGGUGGAGCGGAUGGAGAGAGAGGUGGCGCUGGGCAAGCCAGCAACUCGGGGAGAGCGGCCGGGAUGGGAGGCAGGCAGAGCCGUGCCCCAGGGACAGGAGGGGGCUGCGGGGACCGCUGAGGAGGAGGCUGCAGAGGAAGGCCUGAAAGCGGCAGGGCCGCCAGCAGAGGAGGAGGUGGGUGAGCCAGAGUCCGAGGCAGGGAAGUCCCUGGGGCAGGGAGAGUCUGCAGGGAAGGACACGAUGGUGGGUGCUGGGUCAGAGGGAGAGGAGGCUGCGGAGGAUGCUGAUGUGGCAGCAGAUGGGAAUGCCAGAGCUGUCGGCCCUGAGGGAGAAAAGGCUGUUGAAGAAGACAUUUCUGAAGGGGAGGAGGCUAUGGAGAAGCCUGGGGCUCUCUGGGAAGCACUAGGGGAUAUGGAAACAGGAGAAGCAAUGUCUGGAGAGGAAGGGUUUGUAAAGCCAGGUGAGUUUUCCCAGCUGAAAGUGUCAGGGGAAGAGUGGAUGGAGAUGGGGAAAGCUGACACAGGAGCAGUAGCACUUGACAGUGCUCAGGCUCUCCAGAAAGUGGACACGAUGGAAGAAUCUGUGGAGCCUGACAAGGGUCCUGUACUGGAAGUGGCACCUGGGUUAGGGGCACUGGGGGGUGCUCAGGAGGGUCCUGUCACUGAAGGGUUGUCAAGGGUGGAGGAGACGCCGGCAGCGCAGGAGGAGGAGGGUGCAGCAGAAACCUGUCUGAGGAGCAGAAACCCGUCUGAGGGCAGCAAAGCAGAGACUGAGAGAGCAGUGGAAGGAAAACCCGAAGGAGAGGUGGUGGGAGGGUCUGCAGGGGCGGCCGGAGCGGGCUCGGGAGAUGAAGAGGAGGCCACAGAUGGAGCAGGAGGUUCAGAGGUGCCGGCAGCCGGGACAGAGGGGUGGCUGAGGUGUGGACCAGCGAGCGGGAAGGAGAGGGCUCCCGGGGAGGGGGUGGUGGGCGAGGCGGCGCUGCCGCCGCCGGGGCUGUGCGGGGGCCGGGCCGGCGAGCCCGGGCUGGUGGCCGUCGCUGUGCUGGGCGGGCAGGCCGGGCGAGGAGCCCUGCCCGGGGGGCGGGCAGUGCCCGGGGCUGGCGGGGUGCGCACGGGGGCGGUGGCACAGGAGCGGGUGGCAGGAGCAGCGCUGGGGGCACAGAGCAGGACAGGGGCGGCAGCGGCAGAGGAGGUGUCAGCCGCGGGGAGGGCGGCGGGCGGGGAGGCCGGGGAAGGGCUGGCCGAGGCCCCUGCGGCUGGCGGGCGAGCGGCGAAGCCGGAGGCAGCAGCAGGGUGCGGGGGACGGGGAGCGAUGCCGGCGGGAGCCGAGGGCCGGCGGGAGGCGGAGCGGGAGCCGGGCGCGGUGCGGGCCGGGUCCCCACGGCACCGAGAGGCGCUGGGAGCGGUGCCGGGGGCACGGCCGGCUGCGGGGGCCGCCCCGCGCACCCCUGCCCGUGGGGACGGGCCGGCGGCGCCGAGGGGCAGAGCAGGGUCCGCAGGAGGCGAGGGGCUGUGCCUGGGCACCCAGCCACAGCCGGCAGCUCCAGAGACAGGGACUGCGCGGGGCAGGGACGGGCAGGAGCAGGAGACAGAGCAGGCAGCAGGGAAAGCCGAGGGGGAACAGCCGAGUCCCUGUGAAAACACGAGCGAGGGCGAGGUGGCGGAUGUCUCGGCGAGUGCAGGGACCGCUGCGGGAGCCAGGGAGCCGAGGAAGGACAGUCCCGUCGGAGGGAGCCCAGGGGUCCCGGCAGGCGCUGCCGUGGGCGAGAGGAGCCGCAGCUCCCGUCAGGACAGUGCAAACCCAGAGCCACUCAUCGUGUCCUCAGAACAACCUCAGGAUGGGGAUGAAACUCUGCUCUGAGCUUUUUCUGCAGCUCCUCAGUGUUGUGUCCUGCAACAUGCACUCAGCUGGCCGUGGGUUCGUGCGGUUGGGAUGUCACUCCUCUCUUCACCCUGUGAGCACCACAGCCACCUGUCACGUUUCACUGGAGCAGAUCCUCAGCGUGCAGUGCACAACUGAAACAAGCCUGUGUUUGCCAGCCCAGGAAACAGCACUCCUUCGCAAGGAUGAAGACAGGAAUCACAAGGAUUGUUCCACAGCUGUCUGGCUUGUUUUUCUUGAAAACCAGAGAAAUAGUGGACUGACUGAACUUCCCCUCCUCCCCUAGGCACCACCUGCAGGCAGGCAGGCAGGGCUUUUAUCUUGGGGUCUUCCCUGUCCCGUGCUAGGGGAAGGGAGUCCUCCUGCAUGUGCAGUGCCCCCUGUGCCAGGAGGUGUGUGGGCAUCCCUCCCCUUGGGCAUCCAGGCUUGAUGCUGGCCACACCUCAAGGCAUUCUCAGCAUGCGGAAAUGUUGUUGAAAGUUGUUAAAUCAGAACAAUUCUAGAAGUAUUUGUAAAUGCAUAAAGCCUGGCCUUCUGCUUUUGCUGGAGUCAUUCAGGAGUGGUGCAUGGAACCUCAGUGAGGCUGCCAGGAGGGAGGUCAGUUUAGAGUUGUCUCAGCCUGGUGCUGGCUGCCCAUCUCUGCUGCCCAAGGCUCUUGUCAACUCUGCUGCACCUCUGCAACACUGGGACCCCCAAGACCCUUUAGGGCUGGGCACCUGGGGCUGGGUGUGCAGCAACCCCGAGGCACUCUAAGCUUGGUGGGUGCAGCAGACUCAGCCCCACACAGUGGGGAACUGUAACUGGAAAAGACACUGAAAUGAGUAGUUGAGUGGAUUGGUGCUGUGAGUAACUUCAGAUCAAUAUAUGUAGAACUGGAAACUCAAGUGUGAUCAAGUGGUUGCUGUGUGUUUGCUCCUAGAGACGUUCCUGUACUGGAGAUGGUUGCAUUUCUGUGUUCAGUCUGGACGUGUCUCAGAGGGUUGUGUUUUCUGUGUCCAUACCCAUGCCUACAUAUUCACUCAGGCCUAUUAAAUACCUGUACCAGUC